AUGCUCCCCUGGUUUUCCCCUGUUUCUCCCCUGGUUGUCCCCUGUUCUCUCCUGGUUCUCCCCUGGUUCUCCCCUGCUGCUCCCCUGGUUCUCCCCUGGUUCUCCCCUGGUUCUACCCUGGUCCUCCCCUGGUACGCUCCUGGUUCUCCCAUGGUUCUCCCCUGGUUCUCCCCUGGUCCUCCCCUGGUCCUCCCCUGGUCCUCUCCUGGUUCUCUCCUGGUUCUCUCCUGGUUCUCCCCUGGUUCUCCCCUGGUCCUCCCCUGGUCCUCCCCUGGUCCUCUCCUGGUUUUUCCCUGCUGCUCCCCUGGUUCUCCCCUGGUUCUCCCCUGGUUCUCCCCUGGUCCUCCCCUGGUCCUCUCCUGGUUCUCUCCUGGUUCUCUCCUGGUUCUCCCCUGGUUCUCUGAGUGUCAGUUGGACCUCUGGCCUUUUGUCUCGUCUAUAUCUGCUCUGAUUCUUCACCGUGUGGAGGAUCUCAAAGCUGAAAGUGGAGACAGCAGCUGGACUUUUAGAGCCACAGACCCCGCCCCCUCCACAGACCCCGCCCCCCUCCACAGACCCCGCCCCCUCCUGCUUUAUGAAGGUGACUGA